UCAUCUGACGAGGAAAAGAAAGAUUUCAAAAUUGAGUCGAAGGACAGAAACUCAGCAUCAGGCAUGGUGUGUGAGAAGGGCAUUCAGAUCCUUCUCACCAUCGUGGGUGCUUUCGCAUCCUUCGGCCUGAUGACGGUGGCUAUUGGCACUGAUUAUUGGCUGUACUCGCGGGCACUCAUCUGCAAUAGCACUGGCAAUAACUCACAAGAGGAUCCCCAUAAUAAGGAGAAGAAGGACCCCGGGGCCUUGACGCACUCUGGCCUGUGGAGGAUCUGUUGUCUGGAGGGGGUGAAGCGUGGUGUGUGCUCCCAGAUCAACCACUUCCCAGAGGACGCUGACUUUGAUCAUGAUGGAGCAGAAUACGUCCUGCGAGUGGUCCGGGCCUCCAACAUCUUUCCCAUUCUUAGUGCCAUCCUGCUGCUAAUGGGAGGAGUCUGUAUCGCAGCCAGCCGUUUCUACAAGAGAAAAAGGAACAUCGUGCUGGGGGCUGGCAUUCUGUUUGUAGCGGCAGGCCUGAGUAACAUCAUUGGUGUGAUAGUGUACAUUUCUGCCGCUCUGGGUGACAUUUCCCCAAAGAAGGAUGAGGAUAAGAAAUGGCAGUACUCCUACGGCUGGUCCUUCUACUUCGGCGGGCUGUCCUUCAUCCUGGCCGAGAUGGUGGGCGUGUUGGCGGUAAACAUCUACAUCGAGAAGAACAAGGAGCUCCGCUGUCGCUCUCGCACCGAUAUCUUUAAGAGCACCACUCACGCCAUGCUACGGCUCCCGAGCUACCGCUUCCGCCACAGAUCACGUUCCAGCUCUCGAUCCACAGACCCCUCGCGCUCACGAGACCCCUCUCCCGUGGGCGGCCCACCGGGGGGGAAGAACUUCGGAAUGCCUCCGUCUGCUUUACUCUCUCAGGGGCCCAUCUCUGUGUCCACUCUACCCAACCCUCACUCCCGCUCCGCUCUGCCAGGGGGCGAUAUUUCCCUUUACACCCUCUCCCGAGACCCCAAAUUGGGUGGUUUAGGAGGGCUGGGCGCCCCUCCGCUGUACGGCACAGUGGACCGCGCCACGCUAUACCAGCUGCACAACUGCUUCCCAAAAGAGAGCGGAGGGGGCGGAGGAGGUAUGAUGAUGAGUGGGACGCUGCCCUCGCUCAAACCCCACAAUCCCUCAGUCGUCCAGAAUUCUUCCAACUCCAACGCGCCGCUCAGCAACUCCGUCCCAUCCUCCCAGCCUCCACCUUUCUCCUCCUCUACGUUGGAGCGGGAACGAGGGAUGGGAACGCUGGAUAGGCUAGGAAAAGGUGACAGAGAGAGCAACUCCAACACGCUAAAUAGGAAAACUACACCAGUGUAGACAGAUAGAGGGUUGGCGUAGUUGAUAAAGCGCAAAAGCGAGAGAUAAUGUAGUUGGAAAGACUGGACAACAACUAAAAAGGGGAAAAGUCUCUCGGCAUUGACAAAUGUUUCACUUUAUGAAAAAAUAAAGAGUAAAAGAAUGACAAACAUCUCAUAAUAACAACACCACCUCAUGUUUUUUUUUUCUUCAGUACUGUUUUAAUGAAACUAUUAUCAUGGAAUACAGGGAUAUUAUUUUGCUCGAUUUUAGGCGUGGAAUUUCAAGACGGUGAAGUGUUGUUGUUAUUAUGACGACGUUUGAACUGCUAGCUCUUAACAUGUUGAAUAAUUCUAGUUUUUAAACUAGAAAGACUAUUUUGCUUUUCAAAGAUUUUUGACUGUGAUUCCAAAACGUGAUACUGAGCACUGCAGAAACAUGUGUAUUCAAUGUGUGUGAGAAGAUUAUUACUACGACGACUAACUUUGUGAGAAGCAUUUUAUUUAUUUUAAAGAAAGUUUUAUUUUCUACCCUUUGAUAACAUGCAAUUUAGUGUAAUAUCUGUAUAUCUGUCUUCCAGCUCAGUAAAGAGAUCGGCACCAUAAUUGAUGGACUGAAAUGACAAAGAGUUCAAAUGAAAACGAUUUUUAUAUAAACCUACCAUCAUAUUAUUCUUGUUAAAAUCACUAUUAGCAGUAGAAGUAGCACUUGUUGAAUUGAAAACCUUUGUUUUGGGGCAUUAAAACAUUCCCUCACUUGGUCAAAGAGGGACAGAUAAUAUAUUUGUAUAGAGAAAAUGACGAAUGAUGACAUUCAGAAGAGGGACUUCUAUCCAAAACUGCU